UGUGUUCGCUUGUCUGCGUUGGGGCGAAAUGGGACAAUGUCACCAAUCUCUGUGUCCAAACAUGAUCCAACAGGCCCGCUGUGACCUGUCUUUUUCCCACUGAGCCAAACGGGAUGGAAGUUGCUGCGUGAUGACAAGAGAGGGGCGGGUGAGGGUCCGCCUGGCACUGGGGUAGAGAAUGUAGAGAGGACACAGACCGUCGAUCGGUGACAACGGUACGGUCAGGAAACUCAGAGGACGGCCACGGGGAUUAGGUAAAUUCUCUAUCUCCAGACAGAUUCACACUGUGUCGGUCUCUGGCUCUGCGCUGUUGGAUCCUCUUCAGUCCUUUGCCUUCAGCUUGGAUCAGGAUUCCUUCACACUCAACAUCUGGCUUCAUGUUUUCAACCCGCUGCUGCAUAUGAGAUGGCUGCUGGACCACUGGACGUUCUUCAUUUAGGAAAAGCUGUUUUUAACUUCAAAUGAGCAUCAUCUUGUAUAAGGAAUAAACCAAAGCCUAGCAACUGGGGAAUGUUCCCUACUAUUGUUUGACCAAAAACGCAGAGGGAUGGACGACACAUGAUUGUCAAAAAACUGUGAGUGAGUUGAUUUGAAGCAACAGUUAUUGUUUAAAAUCGACUUUUUCAAGCUUUACAUCAUGUUAUAACAUUCCCUCAUCGGAGACACACGUGGAGUGUUGCUUGGAUUCUUCCACGCAUGUUUGAGAAAUCUUUUAGUCUCCCAUGGCAACCAUUCAGCUGUGCAAAACUCUUAGUGGGACCUAAAGCCGCCUUCGAGGACGACGCUGCUCCUUGGACGUACGGCUUCCACGCUUCAGAGCUUCCCCACUCAGCUCCUUCAGACUAGCAGGUAGCAAUUAGCCAACACCUGAUGGAACUGCACAUGUACCGAGCUCACUGUAUGAGGUACUCCUCAGUAAAACACUCGUAAAAAUGCUGUUAAAGUUGUGAUGACUUCCUGAAGGCGGAGCUUCAGAAUGUGAAGUAGUUUCUUAAAGAAAUAGAGGCUCAAUUUCAAAGUGUUACAUUACAAAGUCAAAUUUCUUUUAAGUCUUAUUUGAUAUAUGUAGCAUUUUUAUAUGUAUGUUACUGAAUGUUACUGGAUUGUGAUAAGAAAUAGUGCUAUGUAACUAGAAAAUACACAACAUUACCCAUUUUUUAAAACUUUUUUCAUGAACAUAGACCUCAAUCUGGUGAAAGUGUUGCAUUCUGAGCACUAGUACAGCAUCAGUCGUGGCGUGCCAUGCCUGAGAUGCAGACCCUUUACUACAGUAUGCGCCGGCCCCCAAGCCUCUACCUGGACCCCUUGGUCGCGCAGCAGCAGCACAUCCUGGAGGAAGAAGUGCAGUUCUGGUGGUUCCGAGACCCCAGACGGUCCUUGUUUUGCUACUGUGCCUCGGUGGCGCUCAUCCUGGGACUGGGCCUUGGUGGAGUGGGGCUUCUCUCCACCACUAACAGCCUCUCUGUGGAGUGGCGUCUUGGAGUGGGAACCACGCUCUGCCUCCUGGCCCUCGCCGUUCUACUCAAGCAGCUCCUGAGCUCCGCCAUCCAGGACAUGAACUGCGUUCACAGUCGCCGUCAGAUCGAACGGCUGCGGAGCGGCGGGAGGGCCGACCCGCCGCUGAUUCUGGCCGUGGGGCUGGCGGUGACCCUGUGCGGGACGGUCCUGCUCUGCGUGGCCACCGUGGGCGGCCGGAGCCACGACAGGAGGGAAAUGUCGGUGUCUGGGGCGGUGCUUGUGGCCGCCGGCGCUGGCAUGGGCCUGGCCGUCGUGGGCUACAGCGUGACGGUGCAUCUCAAGAGGAGAAGGGAUCAGAGGAUGAGGAGGAGGCUGAGGGUCAGGAGGGCGAGGAGGCUGGGCGGUCAAGGAGUCCGAAUGUUCAACGUUUCGCCUCGACAGGCAAGUCAAGCCAGGAGAGACGUGUCUACCAGCAGGACAAGUCUGAUCUGAACGGACCAAAGGUGGAAAAAAAAAACCUGACCAGAACACAAGGACAAAACACUGCACUGAAAGAGAAACUAAUCUAAUAAAGGUUCAGUAGCUGCGUUUCCAUUCGCCGUAAAGUAAAAGCAAAUUGAAAUCACAAAAACAGGUUUGCUUAAUGGAAACGCGGCAAUUUAGAAAUACAGUAGAUGUAUUUUGCAAAACUUUUAGCGCAUCAUGCGAGUCACAUGAUUAACAGCCAGAUGUCUCUACUGGUGGAAACGACAAAGAAUACGACAGGAAGUGGUAGGUGGAUGAUGGUUUGUUUUUUUCUGCCACCACCAGAGCUCUCACAGCAAUUACACAGUUCAUAAAAGGUUGUGUGUAAUUCUGUCAUGUUUAAUCAGUAGCUUUUCUGUAAAAUUGAUGACUCCCAAUUUUCCCCAAAACGACGCAUACGUAGCCACUCCCAAGCAUAAGGGGCUUGUCACUCCAACGCCUGAAUAAGACACUGACAUCUCCUCUCAUUGCUGAUAGAUGAUGAGCGUUAGCGCCAUGGCUGUGUGUUUACAUCCGUCACUUCCACGAUUUUUAAUCACUUAUCCAGGAACCAGGUUAUUUCACAUGCAAUUACAAUUUCAUUGUUUAUUUCAUGGAAACACUGCAGUUCUGAAAUUGUGUUCCCCCCUCCUGACAUCAGCAGAAUAUAGACAAAGAUUUGCGCAUAUUUAUAAUGAAAACGCAGCUACUGAGAGACUUUACGCAGAAUGGAGACAUGCUGACAGUAAUAGGCCAAUGAAUCAAUAAAGACGAAUCCAUCUUUC